AUGACGAAGCGCAAGCGCGCAGCAGUCAUCAAGGCAGAGGCAAGCAUGGCGACUCUCGCCGCACUGCCCGAAGGCUCUACGACGUCCGAGGAACAGGAGCAUAUUGGAGACGAGUUUGCACCCGAAGAGGAAGAGGAGGGGUCUGAUGAGUUUGAUCCAGAGCCUGCCACUGCUACUAAAACUACAAAAGGGAAAGGUAAAAGGGCCUCGCAGAAGUCGGACAAACCCGCGCCGAAGAAGAAGAAGCAGAAGCCGGCGAUUGAUCGCAAGACGUUCAUAAAGACAAUGAAUAAAGACGGCACAAUGAUCACGCGCGAGCCACAGGUCAAUAGCACGCAUCUCCCACUGCCGUGGAAAGGGCGGAUUGGCUAUGCCUGCCUGAACACCUACCUCCGCAGCGCAACGCCCCCCAUCUUCUGCUCCCGCACCUGCCGCAUCGACACAAUCCUCAAGCAAGGCACCCCCGCCGCCGGCAAAUCCUACAUCGAAUCCCUCGGCCUCGCCAACGCUCGCGACCUCUCAAAGAUGAUCCGCUGGAACGAGCGCUACAACAUCCGCUUCCUGCGCAUCUCCAGCGAGAUGUUCCCGUUCGCCAGCCACCCCGUGUACGGCUACCCCCUCACCUUUGCGGGCCCCGCGCUCCGGGAGGCCGGCGCGCUGGCCAUGCAGUACGGCCAUAGGCUCACGACGCAUCCGGGCCAGUUCACGCAGAUUGCGAGCCCGAAGAGGAACGUUGUUGAGGCAUCGGUGAGGGACUUGGAGUAUCAUGCGGAGCUGCUGGGGCUGCUGGGGCUGGAGGGACAGGCGGAUAGGGAUGCGGUUAUGAUACUGCAUAUGGGUGGGGUGUUUGGCGAUAAAGACGCCACGCUCGCCCGCUUCCGCACGAACUACGCUACCCUCUCACCGGCCGUCAAGGCACGCCUUGUGCUUGAAAACGACGACGUCAACUACACAGUGCACGACCUCCUCCCCCUCUGCCAGGACCUCUCCAUCCCGCUCGUCCUCGACUGGCACCACCACAACAUCCGCCACUCCCCCAACCUCCGCGAAGGCAGCCUCGACCUGCUCCCCACGCUCCCCGCCAUCGCCGCAACAUGGACUAACAAAGGAAUCACACAGAAGCAGCACUACUCCGAGCCGCGCCCGGAGGCGCUGACGGACCGCGACAUGCGCAAGCACUCGAAGCGCGUGUAUGGGCUGCCGCCGUGCGCGGAGGACAUGGACCUGAUGAUCGAGGCGAAGGACAAGGAGCAGGCGGUGUUUGAGCUGUACCGCAAGUUUGGGAUCGGGCCGGGGGGUGGCGUGGUGGCGGAGGUGGUGCCGCAUGUGAGGGGGGAUGAGGAUGGCGUGGAGGAGGGGGAGGUGGCGAUGGGGGGGAGUGAGGGGAGAGUGUAUUGGCCGGAGGGGUGCGAGCAUUGGUUGAGUCCUGUGAAGAGGGGGAGGGCGAAGAAGGGGGUGAAGGAUGAAGACGGGGAUGAGGACGCUGCUUAUGCAGAGGGGGGCGAGAAACCGCCGCCGCCGAAAAAGAGGGCGGCGAGGAGGCCGAAAGUAGAGCGGCCAGAGCCUGAAGGAGACGGAGAAGAAGCCGAAGCACCACCACCGCCAAAAAAGAAAUCCGCACCCCGAAAGCCCAAACCCGCAAACCCACCCCCAGAAGCCGCCCCAGAAGCCACAAAACCACACCCAAAACGCCAGAAACCACCACCGCCACCAACAACAACAGCAACAGAGGCCACAACCAAAAAAAAACGCCCCACAAAGAAAGCACCAGCACCAGCACCCGCACCCGCACCCGCUGUAGAUGCAGAUGCAGAAGAAUCAGACCUGAGUUCGCCGCCACUGGUCAGCGACGACGAGAAUGAAGAGGUGCCGAGUGUGCCGCAGCAGGAGGUGUUUUUGCAGGUUGAUCGUGAGGCGGCGGCGGCGGGGGCUGUGGUAGUGGAGGGGGCGAGGAGGAGUGGGAGGGUUAGGAGGGCUGUGAUGCGGUAG